CCACACACCAGCAGCGACAUACCCACCUGCCCGUGCUCUCGAAUUCUAAUUAAUAGGUUCCUUUUAGUGAUGAUUUCAUCUUGAAUGCUUGGAUUUCGGCCGCGCCUAUCUCGCAAAAAGUCUCUAGUCGAGUUCAUCACCGGAAAGAGCAUUGACGAUCUCUCCAGUCUCUCCGACCUCAAGUAUCUCCAGCUCCAGCUUGGCCUCCCUGAUCUGAUCGAAGACGACGUCGAGGAAGAGCUUGCCGGUCCCAGCUCCAUCAACACCUCCGUCUUCGCCUUUCCGCAACCACUCCAGACCCUCCACUCUACUGCCCGAACUUACACAAGGAUGCCUGCUGCAAAAGAGAGUGGCAUUGGCCACGAGGACCAACAUGGUCUCGUCUUUUCCAUUUCCGGUCCCGUCAUCAUCGCAGAAAACAUGAUCGGUGUGGCUAUGUACGAGCUUUGCAAGGUUGGCUACGACGAGCUGGUCGGUGAAGUCAUUCGGAUCGAAGCCGAUAAAGCUACCAUCCAGGUGUAUGAAGAAACAGCUGGUGUCACCGUUGGAGAUCCCGUCCUGCGGACAGGCAAACCCUUAUCAGUCGAGCUCGGUCCUGGCCUGAUGGAAACAAUCUACGAUGGUAUCCAACGGCCCCUGAAGACUAUUGCUGGUGAGACAGACAGCAUCUACAUCCCUCGUGGUAUCUCCAUCCCCUCGUUGGAUCGCAAAAAGAAAUGGCCAUUUACACCUACCGUGAAAGAGGGAGACCAUAUUAGCGGCGGAGAUAUCUGGGGAAAGGUCGUCGAGAACAGCUUGUUGAACGAGCACCGAAUCCUAAUGCCACCACGAGCAAGAGGCACCAUCAAGAAGAUUGCCCCGAAGGGCGAAUACACGGUCGAUGAACCUCUGCUCACCGUCGAAUUCAAUGGGGAAACCAAGGAAUACCCUAUGAUGCACUCAUGGCCUGUCCGUGUUCCCAGACCAGUCAAUGAGCGACUCCAGGCCGAUGCACCCUUUAUCGUCGGUCAGCGAGUGCUCGACGCUCUGUUUCCCUCUGUUCAAGGUGGCACUGUCUGCAUUCCUGGGGCUUUUGGCUGUGGCAAGACUGUCAUUUCGCAAUCCGUGUCCAAGUUCUCCAACAGCGACAUCAUUGUCUACGUCGGGUGUGGAGAACGAGGAAAUGAAAUGGCCGAAGUGUUGAUGGACUUUCCAGAGCUAUCAAUCACCAUCGAAGGCCGCAAAGAGCCCAUUAUGAAGCGAACGUGCCUGAUUGCCAAUACAUCAAACAUGCCUGUGGCUGCACGAGAAGCCUCUAUCUACACCGGAAUUACAGUAGCAGAAUAUUUCCGCGAUCAAGGCAAGGCCGUCGCCAUGAUGGCCGACUCAUCCUCACGAUGGGCCGAAGCUUUGCGAGAGAUUUCAGGCCGUCUUGGUGAAAUGCCUGCAGAUCAAGGUUUCCCUGCUUACCUGUCCGCCAAGCUUGCCUCUUUCUACGAGCGUGCUGGAAACGCUAUUGCUCUUGGUUCUCCUGAACGUACCGGCAGCAUUUCAAUUGUCGGAGCCGUCUCACCUCCUGGUGGUGAUUUCUCAGACCCUGUCACUUCUGCCACCCUCGGUAUUGUGCAGGUCUUCUGGGGCUUGGACAAGAAAUUGGCACAGCGAAAGCACUUUCCCAGCGUCAACACUUCGUUGUCAUACAGCAAAUACACCAACAUCCUCGACAAAUUCUACGCCAAAGACCAUGCCGAGUUCCCCAAGCUUCGAGACCGCAUCAAGGAACUCCUCACCAACUCGGAAGAUCUCGACCAGGUCGUCCAGCUUGUCGGUAAAUCCGCCCUUGGUGACUCGGACAAGAUCAUUCUUGACGUCGCUGCCAUGUUGAAAGACGACUUCCUCCAACAGAAUGGUUACAGUGACUACGACCAAUUCUGCCCGCUGUGGAAAACAGAGUACAUGAUGAAAGCGUUCAUGCAAUUCCAUGACGAGGCGCAAAAGGCCGUCUCAAGCGGCAUGGCCUGGGCCAAGGUCAGAGAAUCCACCAGCGAGAUUCAGCAUGGCCUGCGAAGCAUGAAGUUCGAGUUGCCCGAUAACCAGGAGGAGGUCUCGAGCAAGUACGACAAGCUGUUACAGAGCAUGUCAGAGAAGUUUGCUAGCGUUAGUGAUGAGUAGAGGAUUGAAGACGUCGCUUUGCGAGAGUCAGUGAUGUACCUAUACUGGGAGGGCAGUAGGUAAUCACAUUAUCAAUUAGCUUAGUACAAGAACAGAAUGCCUUGUGACAUUAUGAUAAAUUAAUGAAUCGUCAUGAGAAGAGUACUUUCGC